AUGGAUGAACUUGCUGUCCCGCCGUCGUACCUCGUUGCCGUUCAGCAACUGCGCAGCAGGUAUGACGAAGCCAUUGCUGCUGGCCGGGUCAGGCCAUUUCUUUUUCCCCAUAGCUUUGCCCCAUUGAUCAUUCUUAUUCUCUCGCUCCUUGUGAAAACCCACCGUAAAGGUCCUUGGAAAAUCAUGAAAUACCUCUCGUUUGGUGCUGUCGCUUGUUCAGCAUUAUAUAACAUACUUCACUCUCGAAUGUACCUUGGAGGCAAUGGCUGCGUCGUCGGAAUAGCCUCCUUUUGGUACAUAAUGUUGAGUGCCUCACUGCUGCUUUUCAAUGAUCCUCAGGAAAAUUUCAAACGCAUUGAAAGAAAGAUAGUUUCUCCACAUAAUAAGGAGAACUCUCCUAGUUAUGAGAGUCGGGAGUUAGUGCUAACGUCAAACAUGUCUCUUGAGGAGAAUAAAGUUGGAUAUGCCAAUUUCAGAUUGUCACGAAGAACCACAAAACCGGCUAUAAAACCGGGAAUAAAGCGCAAGCCCUGCCCUCAAGAAACCAGAGAGAUGUACGUUUUGCGGUGGCAGGCGUAUCCGAAGACAUUUCUCCACCGCCUGGCAUGGGUCUGGGACCUUAUCAUCAAUAUGCGUGGGCCUGGUUGGAAUUGGCGUAUUUCCACAAUUCCGCCGCUACCAAAAUUUACUCCUUGUCACCUCGAUCGGCCAUCGCAUGAAAUCAACAGACUCGAAACCGUGAACUUAAGUGAUACCAAAUCCGCCGCGAAAUCCGCGCUAUUCCGUAUGAUAUGGAGUUACCUUGGCCUAGAUGCCCUAAAGGUCAUCAUGAUGCUCGAUCCCUAUUUCUGGGGUAUUGUUUCUUCCCCGCCACCAUCACCUCUCGACUCCUUCGGCACUUUGGGAAUGGCCGCCACCCAAACCUAUCGCCUCGUCUUCUCGCUGAUGGGCGUUAUAUGUGCAGUAGAAUGUGCGGCUUCCGCCGUUUCUCUGCUCUGUCUUAGCAUUUCAUUAUGGCUCCCCUUCGCUCGCAAAUGGACCUUGAUCCCAAUUGAAGCCCCAUGGUUAUACCCAAAAGCAUUUGGAUCUUGUUUUUCUUCGUUGCUCGACCAUGGCCUCAUCGGCUUCUGGAGUAAAUGGUGGCACCAGAUUUUCCGCUUUAACUUCGUCCAGCCCAGCAAUUGGAUCUAUGCUCACCUUCCACAUCGACUUCAAAAGCCAUUUUUAAGACGACUUCUCCAGUUGUACGUUGUGUUCGGCUUGAGUGGCCUAUUACACGCCGCUGGCAGCUACACGCAACUGGCCCCAACAAGACCCUUCUCCAGCAUUUUCCCGUUUUUCUUUCUUCAGGCCCCGGCAAUCAUGUUCCAGGACCUCGUUGCCAAACAUGCCAUCGCGCGUCUUCCGUUUCGCUUUCCACACUGGCUCUGUCGAUCUACGAAUUUCAUAUUUGUUGUGGUUUGGGCGUUUUUAAUUGGACCCCUGGGCGCAGAUGAUUUUUCAAUAGGCGGAGUAUGGUUGGUCGAGCCGAUUCCCCUCAGCCCGAUUCGUGGUUUGGGAUAUGGUGCAGAAGGCGAAGGCUGGUGGUGUUGGAAAGGACAGGCAUUUCAGCACUGGCGGGGCGAAAAGUGGUGGGAUGUUGGGAUACGGUUUAUGUGA